GGGGCUGUGGGAGCAUAAAUACAGCUUUGACCGGCACACUCACACGCAUCUGCUAUCAUCAUCCUCUUCAACAGAACUACAUCCAGCUCCAUCACUGACAUCAAAACAUUUUUCAGGAUCCACAGGCAAAGCAGCAGAGAUUCUUCUGAGCAGUGUUUUGGAGAAAAAAGCACAACAGAAACUUAUCAUGUCUUUUGAAGGGAAAGAGAAGACAGAGGUGCGUCUUGUGUUUUUGGGAGCGGCGGGAGUCGGGAAGACAGCCCUCAUCCAACGCUUCCUCAAAGACACUUUUGAGCCCAAGCACCGGCGGACAGUGGAGGAGCUCCACAGGAAAGAGUACGAGGUGGCGGGUGUCAAAGUCACCAUCAGCAUCAUGGACACCAGUGGCAGCUACUCCUUUCCUGCCAUGCGGAAGCUCUCCAUCCAGAGCAGCGACGCCUUUGCCCUGGUCUACGCAGUGGAUGACCCAGAAUCCCUGGAGGCAGUCAAAAGCCUGCGGGCGGAGAUUCUGGAAGUCAAAGAGGACAAGUACACGCCUAUCGUGGUGAUAGGCAACAAAACAGACCGUCAAAACGAGCGCCAAGUGUCCAGCAAGGACGUGCUGUCCAUGAUGGAGGUGGACUGGAACCACAGCUUUGUGGAGUCCUCUGCCAAAGACAACGUCAACGUGCUGGAGGCUUUUAGAGAGCUGCUCCAGCAGGCCAACCUGCCCAGUCGGCUCAGUCCAGCGCUGUGCCGGAGACGGGAAACCUUCCCCAAGGAGAGCGACAAGCGACCUCCUAUGAACAAGACCAAGAGCUGCCUCGUCUCAUAGUGAUGUGGAGCCGCUCAUAGGUCAACAACGUCUAAGGAGACCAAUAGACAACUGGCCAAAAGACACUGAAAAGGCUUUGUUGGGCUGGAAAGCAUGGCAUCUAACCCUACGACAGCAAUGGAGGCACAGAGGUGCAAGAAUGAGGAUGGACCAUAUAACCAUGAGAACAGAUACCACCUUAAAGACAUGAAAAAAAUGUGGUUGAACAAUUUUUUGAACAGUAAAAAAAAAAAAAAAAAGUAUCACAGGCUUCAUUUUCAGUCAAAUAGUAUAAUACGUGAGGUUUCAUUUUAUUAGGUUUUUGUGUUAAUGGUGUUAAAAAAAGUGCAAUAAAUGUAGUUUUAUGCAAAAAUGUGUUUACCUAAGUGAAUAACAGGAGAACAGCUUGUAUUUUUGAUAGCAAGGCAUCAAAUAUUAUGUUGGGAAUUAUUGUGAAGCCUGUCCUGCAACUCUGACAUUUUGAAGUACAUACUUAAUUGGGUUUUGUCUCUGUUUUUGUUUGACAAAUACAUUCUUUUUUUAAUGGAA